UGACCGAAAGGGGGAGACGGAGUGAGGGAGGGAGACAGCGAAGUCUUUUGUGCCUCCCCUCCCCCCCACCACCACAGUGAAGGGGAAAUGUCUCUGCCGAAGCGAGGGAAAAAGAAGAAGCAUGAUCUCAAGAUCAAUGAGGACGUCUUUCGACAACCGGCUCCCGCACCAACGCCCCCCAGAGAUCUUGACUCCAAGGCCGAAGUGACCAUUGGAGAGAAGAAUGUGGUGGUGAAGGCGGAUGACCUGGAGCAUAUGGCGGAGCUGGGCCGCGGGGCGUACGGAGUGGUGGACAAGAUGAGGCACGUCCCCACCGGACUCAUCAUGGCCGUCAAGCGUAUCCGGGCCACGGUGAACUCCCAGGAGCAGAAGCGUCUGCUUAUGGACCUGGACAUCUCCAUGAGGACGGUGGACUGCCACUACACAGUGACCUUCUACGGCGCCCUCUUCAGAGAGGGCGAUGUCUGGAUCUGUAUGGAAUUGUUGGACAUGUCUUUGGACAAAUUCUACACCAAGGUUAUCGAGAAGGAACGCACCAUCCCUGAAGACAUUUUAGGAAAGAUCACUGUUUCGAUUAUCAAAGCCCUGGAACAUCUGCACAGCCGCCUGUCGGUGAUCCACAGGGACGUGAAGCCCUCCAACGUGUUGAUCAACACGCAGGGCCAGGUGAAGAUGUGUGACUUUGGCAUCAGCGGCUACCUGGUGGACUCAGUGGCCAAGACGCUGGACGCCGGCUGCAAACCCUACAUGGCGCCGGAGAGGAUAAACCCAGAGCUGAACCAGAAGGGCUACAAUGUCAAGUCCGACAUCUGGAGUUUAGGGAUCACCUUGCUGGAGCUGGCCAUCCUGCGUUUCCCAUAUGAGUCGUGGGGCACUCCGUUCCAGCAGCUCAAGCAGGUGGUGGACGAGCCGUCUCCCCAGCUCCCCGCCGACCGCUUCUCCCCAGACUUUGUGGACUUCACCUCCAAGUGCUUAAAAAAGAAUUCUCAAGAGAGGCCAACCUACUCUGAACUAAUGACCCACGCCUUCUUCACCCUGCACGACUCCAAAGAGACUGACGUGGCUACCUUCGUCAAGGAGAUCCUGGGUGCCUGAAACCACCAAGACUCCGGGCUCCUGGAACAACCCCUCCAUCACCAUCACCACAACACCCACCACAAGCAACCAGCCAACCACCAUCCAGCACCCCUGCUGCCUGCCUCAGCCCCAAUCACGCUGUCCCUCCCCGGCUGUUUCUCCACAGCUGUCAAAGUGGGACGUAACCACCACCGCCGUCGCCAUUGUACCCAUCCAUUCCCACUACCACCACCCUCCCCCAUCUCCCUCCUCCUCCCACCCCGGUGAACUCGCCUCGCCUCCCUGGGUCCUCUCACGUCACUCAGGGUUAAGAUGAGAUGAGACGAGACUCUGGCCCCCCACCACCCCCUUCCAUGAUGUCACCUGAUGACCCCACCUGAACCUGCCACCACCACCACACCUCCAAAGAGUUCCAGGAGCCUGCUGUAAAAACAAACAAAACCCACACAGAAACGUUUAGCCUUCCCACAGUGAACACUCAACUCCACUCAAGCCAAGCAAAAAAAAAAACCCAGGCAGCCCGCCCGAUCCACACACACACACACACACACACACACACACACACACACACACACACACACACACACACACACACACACACACACACACACACACACACACACACACACACACACACACACACACACACACACACAAAAUCAACCCAUCCAACCAUCUUCCCCCAAAGCCACCUCCACCCCUUCAGCACAACCUUCACCUUAAGACGGUGGCUUUUUACUGUAACGUCAGAGAGAAAGCGUGUGUGUGCGAGUGAGAGCGCGAGAGAGAGAGUAUGAGUGUGCCCAUCCAUGAUCCACAGUGAGAAUAGGCAGCCAAGCACGUGUCCAAUGCAUGCCCUGCCCUGCCCAGCCCAGCCCAGCCAUGCCCAGCCCUCACCUCCCCUCCCCUAAUCUGUGACCUCCACUCCCCUGCCAUGAGGCUGCUGCUGGUGCUGCUGGCCUGGCUCAUCCAUGGAUGAACGCGGGGAGAGAACAGCCAUGAACGGCAGUUGUGUGUGUGUGUGUGUGUGCAUGCGCGUGUGAUGAAACAUGCACGCGGUCCAGUCGUCCUCCCCUUUUCAGAGUCUGUGUGUGUGUGUGUGUGUGUGUGUGUGUGUGUGUGUGUGUGUGUGUGUGUGUGUGUGUGUGUGUGUGUGUGUGUGUGUGUGUGUGUGUAGCCCACAGUCGAGCAGUGGUGUUGCUACAUAGUACAACAUUUAUACACUUGUAGGGUUAUGGUUUUGAUUUUACAGUUUUUCUUUUCUUGCAAAUUCACUGCGUUGCUUUCGUUGAGUUGUUUUGUUUUUUUCCUGGUUUUAUAAAUGCUCCAACCUCCACUACCCAGCACAUUCACACACAUGCACACACACACACUCUCACAGGCCAGGGGUAUAGCCCCCUCACCCCUUUUGAUAAUCCCAGACGGUUGUUGCCUUCUUUCGUGUGAAGUGCCACAGCAAAUAGCCAAUCAAUGGCACUUAUUGCCAGCCAAUCACCACCUCCUGUUCCACACACUCACCCAAUAGCCCUCGCCCCCUCUUUCAUUCCCUCCUCCCAUCGCUGUAUAGCCCCUCCUCUUCUGCAUCCCACCUGCAUGGGGCAAAGAGGAUGUCGGAGCUAGAUACCCCCACCCCCACCCCCACCCCGUUUCUUAAUGCUGGACAGGAAGGGACUGGAACAUCCUUUAAACUGUUAUUCUUCAGAAUCCUAAUUCUCAUGACAGUGUUAAGCAGUUAUUGCAUGUAUGACAACUGCUGUGUGGCCCAUGUUAUCUUUUUUUAAAUUCCAGUUUUUUCCCCCUUCCCUUCCUUUUUAAUUCAGAGUGCAUUAAUUCAUUUUCAAAGCCUUUAAGACAGGCACCCAAUGCCUUAUCUGGGUGCUUGACUACGAUUGCGGUUGCAUGAAAGUCUCUGUGAAA